AUGAACCUACAUGAGAUUGAGAAAAGGAUGGUUCAAAGAGCUAAAUACUACUUCGAAAAGCGUAUCAAUGCUGGAACCAAAGAAUCUGCAAAUGCGCAAUUCAUGAAACAAACUCAAGGUUUCCAUAAAACCUACCUCCUCUUAACUGGAAGCAAAGAAUACAUCUACAAGACAUACCAGGCAUAUCAGUAUAUCACAUACGUAACACCACAUCCCAGCAUCAAAAUGACAUCAAGCGAAGAAUACAUCUACAACCUCUUAGAUUCAUACUGGUACAAACAACAGAUUCUUACACCAAACACACCAUCAAUUCGGAUUCCCGAUGCCUAUAAGGAAGAAUAUGGAUCAACACCGUCGCCCAAGGCGCCUAAAGAUGAGUUCAUGGCGUUGACAAUGGGCAAUUGUAGAAAUGAUGUGGAGAUGAAAGGUCUACUAAGAUUCUGGGCUCAUUCAGUUGCUUCAAUUUCCAUAUAACUCUUUAGCUCCCUCUUUUUCAUCGAUUUUUUAGUUUGAAAAGUAGGAA